UUCCGGUCGCACCCAACCGCUCGGGGAUAAACAGGAGAGGAAGUAGUCACCGGUAAUGUAGAACACCAGCCGUUAAGAUUCCGGUACUGUCUCGUCUUCAUCGAAGCACGGGUUCUCUCUGUUGCAAUUACGGAUCCAUCUUCCCCACCUUCCUGAUAUCAUCUUUGUUCGUUUUCCUCUCCGUUUUCUAUAUUUCCCUACUCAACCCUAGAUUGCGCCCCGGAAAAAAAUACCCUAGAUUGAGCUUUGGCGUUGUCCGUACGAGAAAGUUGUGGAUAUUGGUUCCUAGGAAUUUAUAAAGGGUCCGAUGGCGGAUUGCGAGGACGUGGAGUACGAUAGUGAUCCCGAGGACUCGCUUCGUCCGUCGAUGAUGCGUCGAAGGGAGGCAAGUGACGACGAGGACGGGGAGGGGUCAUGCGGUGAGGGGGGAAGUAAGCCGGUUAGAAAGGACAGGCUUGAUAUUCGAUCAGAUGAUGAGUUGGAAGGGGAAGGCGGUGCGCCGGGAUACGACGAUGAGGAGUACGAGGAGCAGGAAGAGGAAGAAAUGAUAGGAGAGGAGGUGGAGGAAGAGGACAUGGAAGGUGAAGAUGAGGUCGAGGUUUUGGAGAGGGCUACUCUUGAGGGAGGGCGCAGCAGGGAUGUUGGAGAGUUCGAUGGUUCGUCAGUUCUGCCCGAGGAGUCUGGCCUGAGAUCUGGCGGUGAGAUGGGUGGGUAUAAGGAAAAGAAUCCGGGCGAAGAGGAGGAAAAGAAGGAGAGUGAACCUUUUUCUGUACCGACUGCAGGGGCCUUCUACAUGCAUGAUGACCGGUUUGAAGAAAACGGGAGGGGACGGCACAGACGUAUGCCUGGUGGUCGGAGAUUGUGGGAGUCUAAGGAUGACCAGGCCUGGGUUCAUGAUAGGUUUGAAGAGAUGAACCUGCAAGAUAGGCGCCAUGAGGAAAGGAGGAUGCCUAGAGGCCAUUUUCGAGUUCGCAGCAGUGGGAGAGGAAGGGGUGUGGGUCGUUGUUAUGGUAGGGGUAAUAGAAUGCGAGCCUAUUAUGAUGAAAAAAGCAAUCAGAACUGUGCUUCAAAAUCCGUCCGGGGGAGGGGACCAGUACGUUAUGAGCCACUAUCGAGUAGUAGUGAGGUUUCUCCAAAUCAAUCCAAGCAGCACCGAAAAGCCCAAGAGCCGACAUCAAAUAAUACUGCUGCAAAAAAGUUCUCACAAAGUUCAGAUGCACCGCCCGAAGCCAUUGCUCCUAGAAAACAAGCUUUUGCCUCAAGUUUAAGCUCUGCCUCACCUCCUUUUUAUCCAUCUGGUUCUUCCAAUCAGGAAAUGGCUGCAAUUCAGAAACAUGACGUGCAAACAGGAAGCAACAACAAGCCCCUUUCAUCUACGGCACAGAUUGAAAGUUUUUUCUCCAUAAAACAGCCUAACUCAUUGUUCAGAGGGAAAACUGUUAUAGAUUCUGUUUGCUUUGAUAGGCUUCAUGUGGAUGAUUCAGUUCCCCAGGCUUCUGGAAAAGCUCUGGUCCAUACCCAGGUGCAGGCUUCUCGGUCUUCACUAUCCUUGUCAAAUGCAAAUAAGUCUCCACCAUACAAAGUCCAAGGAAAAAAUUCAACUACUAUUUCGAUGCCUAGUUAUCCAACAUCUUUUAAUCAAGUUGGCAGGAUACCAUUGCAAAAUCAACCUACAGUUAUUCAUCAGAAACCUGUUCAAAGUCAAGGCCAACCUUUAAGAGUUUCCAACCAACAUCUUGUCAUUGGAAGCCAAGUUCCAUCUUCACCUCAGGCUUCUGUUGGUAUUUCUUCUGACGUGGAGGAGGCAGAAUCACUUGCAGACAUGAGUAAAUCAAACUCUACUUUGGUUGGAAAGGGUAAAAUUGUUAACCAGGGAGCUGAUAGGGGCUCUUUUCUCUAUGGUGGGGCUCAAGUUAUUGGACCAACAGGGGCUGUUGGCCUUCCACAUGGAGACCCGAACUUUGCAGGCACCCCAGCCCUAUUGCCAGUCAUGCAAUUUGGAGGCCAGCAUCCAGGAGGUAUUCGGGUUCCAGCUGUUGGCAUGGCUUUGCCGGGAUAUGUGGCCCAACCUGGCUUUGGGAAUUCAGAAAUGACUUGGGUUCCAGUUUUAGCAGGUGCAGCUGGGGCUCUUGGAGCAUCUUAUUGUUCACCCUACAUAGCUCUUGAUGGUACUUAUUAUGCUCGUCCAUCAGGACAGGCCUCUGCAUCUGUCUCUUCUAUCAAAGAAACUGGUGGAGCUAAACCUGCUAAUGCAUUGAAACCUCCUCAGAAAAAUGAGUUUGUAAAUGAUGAAUUUGGUCAACGUCAAAACAAGCCUCGUAGGUACUCAGAGAUGAACUUUGGCCAAUGAAGUAUAUAUAAGUUUACCUAUAUUUGAAUAAGCAGCUCAAGGCCCAUCUGAGACCCUCUGUGAUCUUCAGCUUUGACCUGGAGCACUUUGGGGUGUUUAUAUCUCAAUAGAAUGCUAGGUUUCAAACUCCCGCUGAUAAGCUGCAAAUCGAUGCAAUGAUAUGUUGUGGUUGGUGGCUGGACGUAUAGUUCGACUAGGAUGGUUUUUUUGGCUGAUUCUUGUAGUUCUAUUGACAAUUAAAAUGCAAGUUAUGUUUUUCAUGCUUUUAAUUGUUUCUGCGUUCUUCUACCCCAGGUUCAAGUGCAGUUGUGACGGAAGCCUGUGAGAUGUUAGUUUGCUUCUUUUUUGUUAUAUGAUUAUUGAGAAAAUAAGUAGCAGUAGUGCCUGCUUAUAUUUUUUAUAUGUCUAUUGCUCAUGUAUUUAUUUCAUUUUACUGUGCAUUUCUGUCUUGAGAAUGGUGGCUUGCCAUGUGUAACAAACAUCUUGUGCUUAAGAACCGGAAAUUUAUUAGUUGUGCGCUUUGCUUAUUUGA